AUGCAGGGCCCUUUUUAGGAGAAGCAAGCUCUAGCUGAAAUCUUUGCUUAAGUUAAAGAUGUAGAUGAAAAGAUGUUUGGUGUCAUAUCAGAAAUAUUAAGAAAGGAAAAAGUUUAAGGCUGCAUUGGAUUUCUAUCAGAUAUUGGAAAUCAGAAACAAUUAGAAUCAUAAAUUUUACAAAAAGUUGGGAAUUUCACACAAGUUGAUACAGAAUAGAAAUUGUCUGAUAUUGGAAAUGACAUGAAAUAAAUUACAGAUGUAUUAAAAAAUUAAAAGAUCAUGACUUCAAUUACAAAGACUUUUCCUCCAAAGAAAAUGAAGAAUCAACAUUAAGUCUAAUUAAAAGCAUCAAGGAUAACAAAAGGAUCAUUGAAUUUUAGUAAUUUUUAGUUCAUCUCACAUCUAUAGAUGAAACUAUGAUAUAAUGUGGGUCUAAUUCAUUACAUAUUUUAGUUUAGAUGAAGGAGGAUUUAAGAAAUUAAAAAUUUUAAAAAAUUAAGAUCUAAAAUGUCUCAUUAGAAGGAGCAAAUUUUGCUAGGUGUAAUUUUAGUGAAUCCUAAUUUAAUAAUGUCAACAUAAGUGGAAUAAACCUGGACGGAGCAUUAUUAUUAAAUUGUAGUUGGAAAGACUUAAAAAUCCUUGAAUUAAAUAAACUAGAUGGCCAUUAAGAUUAAGUCAACUCAGUCUGUUUCUCUCCUGAUGGAAAUAUUUAAGCUUCCGGUAGUGGUGAUAAAUCAAUCCGUCUAUGGGAUGUCAAAACAGGAUAAUAAAAAGCAAAACUAGAUGGUUACAAUGAUUAUGUUAGAUCAGUCUGUAUCUCUCCUGAUGGAAAUACAUUAGCAUGUGGUAGUGAUGAUAAGUCUAUCCUUCUAUGGGAUGUCAAAACAGGAUAAUAAAAAGCCUAAUUGGAUGGUCAUAUUAGUUGUGUCUUCUCAGUCUGUUUUUCUCCUGAUGGAAAUAUAUUAGCUUUUGGCAGUAGAGAUAACUCUAUCCAUCUAUGGAAUGUUAAGCAUGGAAAAGAAAAUUUACCAGCUGACAAAAAUAAUAAAGAUUUUCUUGUGAGUUUUAAAGCUCCACUAUUUUAAGGCAAUCUCUGCCAAGUAUUUAUUUUAUUAAUAAUUUUUAGAAUCCUCCAAUUUUACUAUUCUGCGAAUAUCUCAAAAAUUAUUAUUUCAAGCAUAAGGAGCUUUGAUCUUGAAAGGAGAUUUUCUAAAUUAUGCCGGAUACAAUCUUAGAUAGUUAUUCGAAUC